AAUAUGUGAACUAGUUUAUGGGAAAAGAUGGAUAUGCAUAAGGGUCUAUGAGAAUGCAACAAGCUGAUGUCAUUGUGAAGGUAUUUAAGGUAUCCCCGAAGGUAAAGGUGUGCUCCUCACUGACUGCCAAGACACACCCGGCCGUAAUCAUCGCUUUACUGUCUCAGUCUCCUAUUGUCCUUUAUUAAACUUUUUAAAUUUUCAAAGGAGCGUGAAAGGGUUUGUCACACUGUAGUCUGACCAAAAUAUGAGUACUUACCAGCAUAGCUCAGGCUCACAGUCUUUACAGAUGAGAUAACCGCUUGCACACAGCACAAAGCCCUGGCAAGGAAACUGAAGGAAUGAAUUCAACACGACUUGUUACUUGUUUUUGUCAACAGCAGGACAGCCACAGCCCCUGCACACGUGGCUCCGAGAUGCAGGAAGCUGGAGAGAAGGGAGGGAAGACCCUCCCUGGUGAAGGGGAGGAGGCAGCAGCCAUUAGCCCGCAGGGUAAAGUUCAUUCCUCGUCACCGCCCGCGUUCAGUUUCGUUUCCCAGCUGAGCCCUCCCUGUCCGCCCUGCUCGGAGCCGGAGGCACGGCCCAGGCAAAGGCCAUGGCCGGGCUGAAGGAAGAGCUGACCUGUCCCAUCUGCCUGGACAUCUACAAGGAGCCCACGAGCGCGGGCUGCAGCCACAGCUUCUGCAAGGACUGCAUCAAGCAGGCGCUGCGGGGCCAGCAGAGCCCUGCCCGGUGCCCGCUCUGCCACUCGCUCGUCGGGGAGCUGCGGGCCAACUUCCACCUCCGCAACAUCGUGCAGAGGUUCCUGGAUGAUCCCGCGCACCGAGAGGAGGAAAAGCAGGAAGCGCAAGGCCAGGAGAAGGGGGAAAGCUCGGGCCAGGCCGGGGAGGUGGUGCUGUGUGACUCCUGCCUCCAGGAGCCGCAGCCCGCAGUGAAGACGUGCCUGAGCUGCGAAGCCUCGCUGUGCCAGGCGCACCUGAGCAGGCACAACAGCCGGCACGGGCAGAAGAGCCACGUGCUGGUGGAGCCCUGCGAUGGGCAGCUUUUGGCUGAGAGGAGAUGCCCCCAGCACGGCAAACUGCUGGAGUGCUUCUGCGAGAGUGACUCGGAGUGCAUCUGCGUCCUGUGCUCCGUCAUCUCGCACAAGAACCACAAGAUCAUCAGCUUGGAGGAGGCUUUCAGCGAAGCGCAGGAAUCUUUUCCUGGAAUACUGGAAUCAAUAAGAAACCAUGAAGCUGUCGUGGAUAAAGCCCUUGCAAACCUGCUGAAACAAAUGGAGGGACUAAAGAGUGAUGAGAGCCAGCGGAGGGAACGGCUGGAGAGCCUGUUCAAGGAGAUGCAUAAGGAGCUAGAGAAGAAAAAAAGGGAGGUCCUGAAAGUUCUCAGUGACUAUGAGGAGGAACAACUUUCUAAGAUUAAGACAGAGGUGAAUAAUCACAAGAGGAUGAAGGAUUCGGCCAGCCAGGAUGUUCAGAAGCUGCAGGCUCUGAGGAAUCAGAAGGACACACUUCUUUUCACCAAGGCUUUUUCAGCGAUCAGAGGCAGGAAAUGCCAGCCACUUCCUAGCGUGGAUGGUGUGAUGUUGCCAAAGCCAUCCAUUACUGUGGAUAAAUCAUCAACCGAUAAUAUUCUGAGACUUUUCAAGCAAUUCAUCUCAAACAUGGAGGUCUCCUUUAAGCCACCACCACCACAACCACCACCAACUAUACAAUUUGGAGCAAAGCCUACUGGUCCCUUCUCAUUUAGUGGUGGUACAACAUCCUCUGGAUUCACAUUUGGAUCUACCCAUCAUUUUCCUUACAAGUAGCCUAACGAAACACAAAUUCAGUGGCCAUCAUAAUGAUAACAAUCAUAGAAAGGAGGAAGAGAGAGAGAGAACCCGACCAAAACUAUCAAUGCCCAGCACGAUUGCUCCCCCAUCACCUGCUCUCUGAUGUCCAGCCACUGUUCCUGAGCAGCAAUUGGCUCCUUGUGGACAUCUGCCCCCAGUUCAUACAUGACGGCGGCGAGGGAAGAGAAGUAAUCAAUCAAUAUGAUUGGUGAAGCAAGCUUCAGUUUAUUUUGAGUACACCGGUACUUUUAUAUUGUUUUCCAGUAAUUAUGCAUACUUGUCAUUAGUUUAUUGGUUUAAUUGCUCAUACAUGUCGUGAGUUUAUUGGUUUAAAGCAAAAGAUUACAUUUACGUAUUCCUCCUACUUUGUGGUUAUGCAUUCUUUAUGGUUUCUGUUCUCGUCGCUGUCCUUGCCCUUUCGACCUUGUCAGCAGGCACGACGCAGCAUCUUCCUAUCCUGGCGUGUGGCCUGGUUAUGCUAGGUACAGCUCACUUAUGCUAAGCUGCUAAGUUAACAUGUAUGCUAACUUAACAUGGGGUUUGCUUGUGCAACAUUUCCACGGAUUCAUGGCCCUUUUCCUCCAGCCAUUCUUCCACAAUUCCCCCUUUUCCUUUUUGUACAAGUAAAGCCCUAUCGGUUAAUUGUGUUACAUUUUUCAUAAUACAAGAAUAGGCAGUUCUAAUAACUGCUAUGAUUGCAAGCAGUAUUCCUAACCAGCAAAAUCCUUCUUUUAUAAGGGAUUUGAGCCAGGGAGAUUAACAGAAGAGAGGCUGUCACUAUCUAUAGGAUAUCCUAUGAGACAGGUACGAAAAGGAUUUUGUGCUGUUGCAAGGCUCAAACAGAACUCAGGUGUGCUAGUACGAUUUGCAAAAGUAAGCCAAAUAUUUUCACUAAUGGGGUUUUGAAUUUCUUCGGGAGUUAUCCCGUAGGCGACGUCAGCGCCAGUAUUCAUUCUUGGCAUGCCACUUGGUGUCAAGUACAGAAUGAGGGUAAGGCACAAAUACAUUUUUGUCACACUCAAAAGUGAUUACACACGAUUUUUUACAAUAAGCCAAAAGAGUAAUAUGUGUGCAGAUUUCAUUAGCGUUGAUUGCCUGGUAAGCUUGUUCUCUGUUCUCAAACAAUAGAUAUAUAUUUUGAACAGGAAUGGGCCCGCCUAUAAAUGCUUCUAAUUGUCUUCUCCAAUUAGAGUUUCUCUGACGUUCAUUAUAACAUUCUGCACAUAAAUCAUAAAACAAACGUCUAGUAUAAAUCCAUUUUAGUUUUUUACAUUUACCACAUUCAAGCAAGACCCAAGGGAUACAAAAGGUACACUUAUUACACAUUAAACAUUUAAAUGUUUGAAAUCUUUGUGAAAAGUAGGCUGAUUGUAAAGUUAAUGCCCUAGACUCUAAGGACAAUAUAUCUAUACACCAUUGGAGGAGUUGAUCUUCCAGGAGGUCCCAGCGAAAAUCCUCCUUUUCAUGUGCCUCCGGACAUAACUCCUUAUCUGUUGCAGUGUGUUGCAGUUUCCUGUUUUAGCUACCCCAGUCCUUUCCCAGGUGUGGCAAUAUCUUCCUUCUCCUCCCCUUGCCUCCUGCUAAGUGCUGCCCGUCAAGCUUAACAUUCCAGCAAGGGCAGAAGUUCAAAAGAUGCUUCUCAGACCCGGGGUCAUUGGCCUAUCUAAGUUGUCCCCUGAGAAUUGCCCCCUCUCAUCUGGUUGGUGGCUCACCUAUCCUUUCCCUCCCCGCUCCCCCUGGGCUUAAAAGGACAUUGAGACCAUGCGGUCGGGAUUCUGUGGAGCUGUUACCAAGAUUCAGAGAUCUGUGACCCUGGAAUAAAGCUCUAGAUUAAAACCC